GUUUCAUAUCUGAGUGUAUGUAAGCAACAAACAGAAUAUUAACUAAAUUUAAUUUAAUUUUGGUGUUAGUGGUAAUUUUGAAAACUCGAUUAAUGAUGUGCAGUGAAUACUAACCUGAAAGUGUAUCUGAGAGGAAAAGUUAAUAAAUCAUGAAAAUUAUAUUAUUAGUAUUGGGAAUCUGCACUAUACCCAAUCUGGCAUUUUAUCACGAAAAUGUGACGAAGAUACUGGCUCCGUCGGGCCUCAGGAAUGAAUCGCUGUUUGGAUUCAGUGUCGCUUUUCAACAGAUGGAUGCCAAACUGGUAGUGUCAGCGCCGAGAGCUGAUCACGUUGGACUAGUGCUGCUGUGUGACGUCACCAGUGGAGCUUGCACCGCGGUCACCACCAAUAUUGACAAAAAUGAGUCAGAAUCACAGAAGUACAUUUACAAUGGUGAGGAAGGUACUUAUCCGGACUUAUGGCUCGGCACUACAGUUGCAGCUGGGUCGAACUUUUAUAUGGCCUGCGCUCCCCGGACUAUCAUAAGAAAGCUGACUUCCAUAGCUGUGCUCAACGUGGGACUUUGCUUGGUCGGGAAUCAAACCGGAGUCAUGAACCCCAUGAAGAGAAUGGACUACGCUGACAGGAUGAAUGUGGAACAAAAAAGAAAUACUGAGCAAUGGAUGGAUACUGUGGGAUGGAGUAUCCAUGUCAAUGAAAAUGAUGACACGACCAUUGUCGGAGGGCCCAGCCACAGUGAACAAAGUAGAGGAACAGCUCUUAUUUAUAAAACCCCAUUAGACACACAAGCAAUCCCGGAAGUAAUGAAAUCAUAUUUGUAUGAAGAUUUGGAUCAAAUUUCAUAUAAUUUCGGAUACAGCGUAUCAACCGGGCAUUAUUUUUCAACCAACACAUCUGACGUAGUGUAUGCCAUCAGUUCGACAUACGGCUACGAUGGUCCUGGUAAGGUGGUAUUCUACAAGUCCGGCGUGCGGAAACCCCUGGCCGUGCUCGUAGAUCAAGAAGACCUGGUGGGCAGCAUGUUCGGAGCCGCGCUGUGUUCGCUGGAGCUGAACGGAGACUCCCGCACUGACCUGCUCGUGGGGGCUGCAGCGCUCGCGGCCGGCGGUGGUUAUAACAGUGGCGCUGUGCAUGUGUAUGUCACUGCUGAUUUUGUUAAGUUUAAACGAAGCAAAACGAUAUAUGGAUCUCAAUCGGGAGGCUUCUUUGGUCUCGCCAUCAGCAACAUGGGCGAUUUAGAUGGAGACGGGAAAGAUGAGGUAGUGGUUGCGGCCCCUUUCGAAGACGAGGGUCGCGGCGCCGUGUACCUCUACAUGGGUUCAGAGCUCGACGGUAGUUACGUACCGAAGUGCGCACAGAAAAUAGCGGGGACUGGCACUCAGGGGUACUUCGGAUACAGCCUGGCGCCUCUGACAGACUUGCGAGACAACGGGAUGCACGGUCUGGUUGUUGGAUCUCCCGGGGAGAACUCUGUGUCGAUAUACAAGCACAUUCCUAUAUUCAGUAUACAACUUAUUGAAGUUAUUCCUGACUUGAAGGAGUAUGUAGAUAAAGACAAUUUCGUUUUUAAAUCUUGUAUAAAUGUGACUCGUGUGUUAAUUCCCCGAACUAUUACAGCAGAUCUAGAACUAAAAGUAGACAUAAAACACCCUGAUGCUAAAAUAGAUGGCCAAAGUCAAAAUUAUGUGUCGUUUAAAAUAUUAAUUGAAGACAAGGGAGGACAGCAGAUUUGCAAAGAUAUCAAAAUUAUCAAACCGUUGAAAGGCGACAACUCCAAGCCUAUAAAGUACAAGAUGCACGUGAUCCAGGUCAACGACCCUCGCGUGGAGCCCUACGACAGUUCCCGGGGGCUCCUCGCCGCCCCCCUCAUCAAGCAGGGCCAGAUCUGGACCACCACGGACUGCGAGCUGCCUGGACAGUGCAAGCCAGCCAUCACCAUCACUUUAACCAGCUCCAUACUAAAUCCUUACGUAGUCGGAUCAACGAGCGUAGAGACUCUUUCUAUAGAAGUGACCAACACGAAUGAGACCGCAUACAAGCCGAGUGUCGAGGUGCAGGUGACGGGUAUGAGGAUAUCCUCCACCACGGCGGGGUGCCAGGGAAACCGGACCACCCUGGUCUGUGAGCUGCAGGGCACUCUGCCGAAGAACGCUAACAGGACAAUCCAAAUAAACUUGGAUGCAUCAUCACUGAUAAGUACGAACUCGAGGUUAGCGAUCCACACACACGUAUACGAUGAACAAAAUAAUAUAAAACUUUUGCAAGAUGGCAGAAGUAUAAUGUAUUCGUUGAAAUACGAUGUCGAAAACAUAUUAUUUAAGAGAUCAUCAGAGAAACACAAUGUAUUAGUUAAAUUAAAUACCAACGAAGUAUAUAACACGGGUAAAAGACUAGAGCAUAAAUACAUGAUACAAAACCAAGGAGUGACGCAUUGGAAUAAUUUACAGACCCUUGUAACUUUAGAAAAGCAACCUUUCCUUCAAAUUAUGGCUAUACAAAUGUAUUCAAAGGAGCAUAACGAGCCUUGUCAAAUGGAUCCAAUAGAAGAGACACACGUCACGAUGACCUUCAAAUGUCCACUGGGUCGUCUGGAUAAAGAUGAAUUCAAAAACUUGGACGUAAUUAUGACGGUCAUUCCGAACACGUUAGGAGAUGUCCUUAGCACCAGAAACAUAACUGUUAAAUCCAAUAUAGUGUUGUUACUGAAUGAUCAUGGAAAUAAGACUGAUAGCUUCGAGUGUUUGCUGAUGCUGGAAAAGACUGUAAUACCAAUUUGGUUUAUUCUGGUUGGAAUAUUGUUGGGGUUACUCAUACUAAGUUUAACUAUUUUAAUUCUGUACGAGUGUGGAUUCCUGAAAAGACGUAAGAAGAAGGACUUAAGACUGUUAAAGCGACGAGCAUCCGUUCGUAUGUCAAUGAGGGAGAGUUCACAACGGCGCUCCGGAUCCAGCAACAGGUCAUUCCAGAAGCAUGUAGAAGAUGGCGGCCAACGGCGGCAGUCAGAGACCUGUCAAAACGAAGCAGCUGUCAGUGAAAACAAGAUGGCGUCGGAGCGGGAAACCUUGAACUGUCAAAAUAAUACGAAUUCCAACCGGGUGGAUGUUAACCUUUCAGAACGAAGCGAUAUCGGUGGUUUAUGUUCUGUGAGGGGUCCCCAUGGAAGCGAUACUGAGUCGGUAUUCGGGGAUUCAGGCGAUGACUAACUAUAGGGGUAGGUAGACUAUACAGCUAUACUACAAUAUUAUCUCGUAAGCUUUCGUCAACAUCUGUAGUUAAACUUGUAGGAUAUUUUAAACUUAAAUUCCAGUGAGCGAUAUCACGAAUGAGAAUGUUUAAUGUUAACAUCUAAAAAAACUGCUAAAGGUCGAUUUAAAUCAAACGAGCAAAGCUAACCCCAGAGCAAAAGCUUUCUUUCAACGUUGUAAAUAUACCUUGGGAGAUUUUAAUUUGAUA